UUCCUAGAUUUGACAUACAAAAACGUGUUUUCUCACAGACUCUGGUUCAUAUCGCAUCGAAAGCCAAGGUUGGACCAGGUGUUCCUGAACGUCGCAUGCAUGUGCACCCAGUGUUCGGUGACUACUCGCUAGCUUGCAAGUAACACACGCACAUUUACAUCGGCCGGGACGGGAAACAUCACAGCAACAUGACCGAGAACGACGUUGAUAAUGAACUUCUGGACUAUGAGGAGGACGAUGAGCCCCAGGGGGCCCCCGAGAGUGGGAUCCCAGCAAACAAGAAGGAGGUGAAGGGGUCCUACGUAUCCAUCCACAGCUCCGGCUUCAGAGACUUUCUCCUGAAACCAGAGCUGCUCCGCUCCAUUGUCGAUUGUGGUUUUGAGCAUCCCUCAGAAGUUCAACAUGAGUGUAUUCCUCAAGCUAUCCUGGGCAUGGACAUCUUGUGUCAGGCCAAGUCUGGUAUGGGAAAGACAGCAGUGUUUGUGCUAGCUACCCUACAGCAGAUAGAACCUGUGGAUGGUCAGGUGUCUGUCCUUGUGAUGUGCCACACACGAGAGCUGGCCUUCCAGAUCAGCAAAGAGUACGAGCGCUUUUCCAAAUACAUGCCCACUGUCAAGGUGUCCGUGUUCUUUGGAGGCCUGGCCAUCAAAAAAGAUGAGGAAGUCCUGAAGAAGAACUGUCCUCACAUUGUCGUCGGAACUCCAGGACGUACUCUGGCCCUCAUUCGCAACAAGACCCUCAGUGUGAAGAACAUUAAACACUUUGUGCUUGACGAGUGUGAUAAGAUGCUGGAACAGCUGGACAUGAGACGUGACGUCCAGGAAAUCUUCAGACUGACACCCCAUGAGAAGCAAGUCAUGAUGUUCAGUGCAACUUUAAGCAAGGAGAUCCGCCCUGUCUGCCGCAAGUUCAUGCAGGAUCCUAUGGAGGUGUUUGUGGAUGACGAGACCAAGCUGACACUUCACGGACUUCAGCAGUAUUACUGCAAGUUAAAGGACAGCGAGAAGAAUCGAAAACUGUUCGAUCUGCUUGAUGUUCUUGAGUUCAACCAGGUGGUGAUCUUUGUGAAAUCAGUGCAUCGCUGUGUGGCUCUGUCCCAGCUGCUGGUGGAGCAGAACUUCCCUGCCAUUGCCAUUCACAGGGGCAUGGCACAAGAGGAGAGGUUAUCCCGGUACCAGCAGUUUAAAGACUUCCAGCGGCGGAUUUUGGUUGCAACCAACCUGUUUGGCCGAGGCAUGGACAUUGAGCGAGUCAACAUUGUCUUCAACUACGACAUGCCAGAGGAUUCUGACACGUAUCUUCACAGAGUGGCCCGCGCCGGCAGGUUUGGUACCAAAGGCCUGGCCAUCACGUUCGUGUCAGAUGAGACAGACGCCAAGACCCUGAAUGAGGUUCAAGACCGCUUCGAGGUCAAUGUAGCAGAGCUACCAGAGGAGAUUGACAUUUCCUCCUACAUUGAAAAGUCCAGAUGAGCCUGAGUUGUGUUCCAAUGAAGAUUUGUGUGUGACCAUUGUUGUAUUUAGGUGGAAGCAAGAAAAAAAAAAAGCUCGGCCUUUUACUUUAAACACCCCCCCCCCCACACCAUUUGUUUGCAAGUUCAUAUAGGUUUUGUAUUUUAUCAUGUCUUUGCCGGGAGCUUGUUUUAGUGUUUUCCUUGUAAAAGCCAUGGAUCUCUUGUUUUGGUUAAUAAACUUUUUUAUAUCUCA